AUGAAGAACAAAGGGACAGGGACACCUCUGCCCAUGCCACACGUGGAAGGGCGCCUCCAGCCCACACUGGUCCUCACUACCCUAAGUGCGUCCUUUGGCUCGGUCUUCCAGUACGGCUACAACAUUGCUGUGAUCAACACGCCGCACAAGGUAGGCAAAAGGUGGGGCCCUGUCUUCCAGGUCUUGAAGUCAUUUUACAAUAAUACAUACUUUGAGCGACAUGGGACGUUCAUGGAUGAGAAUACUCUGCUGCUCCUGUGGUCCUGCACUGUCUCCAUGUUCCCUCUCGGAGGCUUACUGGGGUCCUUGAUUGUUGGCCCACUGGUCAAUAAGUGGGGCAGAAAAGGGACGCUGCUGGUCAACAACGUCUUCGCUAUAACCCCUGCCAUCCUGAUGGGGGUCAGCAAAGUGGCCCGGUCUUUUGAGCUCAUCAUCCUGUCUCGAGUGCUGGUGGGAAUCUGUGCAGGCAUCUCCUACAGUGCUCUUCCCAUGUACCUGGGAGAACUGGCUCCCCAGAACCUGAGGGGUACGUUAGGGACAAUGACCGAGGUAUUUGUCAUCAUUGGAAUCCUCCUGGCACAGAUCUUCAGCCUGCAGGCCAUCCUGGGCAAUGACACAGGCUGGCCAAUCCUCUUGGCUCUCACCGGGGUUCCUGCACUGAUUCAGCUCCUCUCACUGCCCUUCUUCCCCGAGAGCCCCCGCUACACUAUGAUUGAGAAAGGGAACAAGGACAAAGCAAAGCAAGCUCUAAGGAGGCUGAGAGGUCACAACUAUGAUGUGGAGGCCGAGAUAGAAGAAAUGAGCACAGAGGAACACAUCGAGCGAGCUGAGGGUCGCCUGUCGGUGCUCAGCCUCUUCAGCUUUCGGCCCCUGCGCUGGCAGCUGAUCUCUAUAAUUGUGCUCAUGGCGGGUCAGCAGCUGUCCGGGAUCAAUGCGGUCAACUACUAUGCAGAUGUAAUCUACACCUCGGCUGGUGUGGACCCCACCCAGUCCCAGUAUGUGACUGUGGGUUCUGGUGUGAUCAACUUGGUGAUGACUCUCAUCUCGGCAUUUACCGUGGAGCGUCUGGGGCGGCGCACUCUCCUGCUCUCUGGCUAUGGCAUCUGCUGCUCUGCUUGCCUGGUGCUGACUGUGGCACUCCUCCUUCAGAACACGGUCCCUGAGCUGUCUUACCUUGGCAUCAUCAGUGUCUUCGCCUACAUCGUGGGACAUUCCAUAGGGCCCAGUCCUGUCCCCUCAGUGGUGAGGACAGAGAUUGUCCUGCAGUCGUCUCGGACAGCUGCGUUCACGGUGGAUGGCGCUGUGCACUGGCUCACCAACUUCAUCGUGGGCUUGGCUUUCCCGUCCAUCCAGGUGGCCAUCGGGGCCUACAGUUUUCUCAUCUUCGCUGCGCUCUGUCUCCUCACGGCUGCCUACAUCUACGUGGUAAUCCCUGAGACCAAGGGCAGGACAUUUGUGGAGAUAAACUGUGCUUUUGCCAAGAGAAAUGGAGUGGGGUUUCCAGAACAGAAAGAAGGAAGCAUGGCCAAGCCCCACAUGUCUUCUCUGCCUGCAAAGGAAACGUCCUUCUGA